AUUCAAUCGUAGUCGAACGUCUCGAUAGACAUGAGUUCCCGAAGUAAAAAUUACAAACAAAAGUAUCGCCCGGCUUGGGAAGAGAUGCCAAUUUUUAGGGAUUGGCUUCGGAGGGUCGAAGGAGAGCCUAGAAAAGCCUUUUGCAAAUUAUGCAGUAAAACGUUAAUCGCUCAUCGAUUGAGCCUGUUGAAACACUGCCAAACGACUAGCCAUAAGAAUGCCGAGAGGGAUAAAUCCCACAAAAAUCCCGAAAGACGAGACAACGAUGAAGAAAUGCUUAACGAAGAGGAAUCGGAAGAGGAAUCGGAAGAGGAAGAACGCGAAGAACAAACGUCCGAUCAAAACGUUCAACAAAAUGGGGGCGCCGAUAGGCCUCCGAUUUCGACACAUGUGACUAAUAUGAUUAAUAGCCAACCGAUAUGUGGACUGAAAGUUCGUUUAUUUAAAUUCAUAGAAAACAGAUGGAUAUUCGUCAACGAGGGUACGACGAACUCGUCGGGGAAAUUCAAUGAAUUUAUACAAAGAAACGAUUUUACGACGGGAAGGUACAAGUUAAAUUACAAGGUCAAUAGAUAUUUCGAAUCAAAAAGAAUGGAAACCGUCCAUCCGUUUAUCGAGGUAAAAUUGAUAAUUUUUUUUUAAAUGUUUUGUAUAAAUGUUUUGUUUGUUGUUGUUGUUUUUAGGUAGUGUUCGAUGCCGGGGUGUUAAACAAAACUUUUGAAAUUAUGCUAGUCUUGAGCCCUUCAAGUUACACUAGCAUCACAUCAAGUUUUUAAUAUCGUUGUUCGUUUGUUUAUAUUAUAUUUAUUAUUAUACUUACUAUUAUAU